AUGGUGCUGAUCCACCUGUCCGAGUUCGGGGCGGAGGCGGCGCGCGGGCUGGUGCUGCCGACGCUGUUCACGUACGUGCAGGAGCUCGGCGGGGGGCUGGAGGACAUCGCGCUGCUCACGGCGCUCUUCAGCGUGGGACGGUUCUUCUCGUCGCUGCUGUUCGGGUGGCUCUGCGACCGCACGUCCUUCCGCGUGCUGUACAACGUGGCGGGGUGCUGCGCAGUGGUGGGGAAUCUGAUGUACGUGCUGCCGUACAGCGCGUCGGUGCACAGCAGAACGCUGUUGGCGUUGAGUCGCUUUGUUAUUGGGUUUGGUGCCGGCAACCGCAGCGUCUGCCGAGCGAACAUCGCCAUGCUUACGAGGGUGGAUCAGCGCUUGCAGUACUUCACGCUGUUUGCGACAGUGGUGUUCCUAGCGUACGCGCUGACGCCGGGGCUGGGCAGCGUCGUUGGAGACGCACAGGUGAAGAUUGCGGGCGACCUGCUGCAGUUCAACCGCUUCACCGCCCCGGGAUUUCUGCUGGUCGCGCUGAACCUCAUCACGAUCGUCUUCAACAACAUCAUCUACGAUGACUCGGUUACUCGCGACGACGCACCGGAAUCCCCCACUGCGACUGCAGCUCCUUCUGGGCCCGCUCUGCCCGACCGCGCCGUGACGGUCGGCAUGCUGGUGUUUAUCUUCCUGAACUUUAACGCGCGAGGCAUCCUCUCCAUCUUCGAGACGGUGAACGUGCCGCUCUUUCUGGAGAUGACGAACCGCAACACAGCAGCAGAGCAAGACUCGGUCCAGGCGACGCAAGACGCUUCCACGUUCUACCUCAUGGUCGGCCUCCUCGGACUGAUCUCUUACGGAUCAGUGCAGAUUUUGCGCAAGAAAAUCUCCGACGUCGGCUUCCUCAUCUUCGGCUUCGCGAUGCUGCUGGUAGGCAACGCGAUAUUGCUCACGCUGUGCGCGGACAUGCACGUCAUCAACGAACGCAGCGACGACAUCGACGAGGCCCAUUCCCAGCAGCAGUUCAACAUCUUCGUGGCCGCUGAGGUGUUCGUGUGGAGUAUCGGCUGUCCGCUAGCAUCCGCGGUGGUCGUGUCAGCGUUCUCGAAGGUCCUUGGCUCGAGGCCUCAGGGUCUGCUCAUGGGGGUCUUCGGCGCCUCUGCGUCUAUCGCGCGCAUGGUGCUGCCGUUCCUGCCGAGUUUGUUGGCGUCGUGGCCGCUGCUCUUCCUGGUCAACAUGGUACUCUGCGCUGUCUGCAUCCUCGUGCUGUCAGUAUAUCUUGGUUUUAUCUCCCGAAAGAGCACGGCAGCGGCGUAUGACAGCGUGCAGCUCCACUCAGACGGUCGGGAACUAGAAGCUUGA